AUGAGUGGAACCAUGAUUUCAGAACCACUUAACAUGGGCAAUGCCACAAAACUUCCAUUAAACGACAAUGCAUCUUAUCAACAGCAACAAAAACUUUCUGUUGAAAUUGCAAAAAAGUCCUCAGGUACCAAUAGUCUAGAACUACACCAAAGACGCGUCAAACAAAAUCUCCAAGUAGCCGCCGCUGGCGAAGACUAUUUGGUGGAACAAGGAAAGUCAGUGGUACACUAUAUCUUAAACCCACACGAACUACGAAACGACCACCCAGUUUGGCAUUAUGCUUAUUUAAUUGUGUUGAUUUUUGCCGCGUUUAUUGCCUUGUUUAUUGGACCGGUGGUGUUUGGUAUGCUGGCCACUUUCGGCGGUAUUGGCGCACCGUUUAUUUUAUCAUUGGCUGGUGCAGGAGCUGGACUUUUCGCCGGAUUGGUGUUUGGUGUGGUGUUUGCAGUUGUUUGCAUUGUAGGAUUGAUCAGAGUUGUUGGCUAUGCUGCCGGUUGGGUUUUAGAUACACUUUGGCUUGGUGGAAAUGACAUGUUGGAUAUUACACGUAAUCUUGCUCAGAUGAUCGUUGAUCCAUCCAAAAUUCAACAUCAACAUCAAUAA